AUGGCGCUUGCGCGGUGCGCGGCGCGUGCGGUCCACGGCACCGCACGCCCCCACAAAGCCGCCUCGACCGCGUUCUACCGGCCGCUGCCCGAUAUUGGCGUGUCGUGGAAAGCGUCCGAAGACGACAUCGCCGAGGCACGUCGCAGCGCUCUUUCGCGCAACAUGCGCUUCCGUGACGACGAGGCCGACGAGCUACGCACGCUGCACAACCGCCUUUCCGAGCUCCAAAAACAGGUGCAUGCACUCGAGGCUGAGCAAAAAGACGUCGGCGCCGCCAUCCCCGCCCUCGCCAAGCAGGCAAAGUCUGACGAGGCCGUCGCUGCAGCGCUCGAGGCGAAGCGCACGCGUGCGCGCGAGCUGCGCGCCGAGCUGCGUGAUGCAUCGCACACUGUAUCCGAGUGCAAUGCGCGCUCGAUCGAGAUCCGCAACGCAUGGCCGAACCGCAUGCACAACCGUGUGCCGCUCGGCGCCGAGUCGCAGUCGCAGAUCGUCGCGCUGUGCGACGCACGCGCAGAAAGCGCGGCGCUGCCUCGUGUCGAGCUGCCGUGCACUGCCUCGGCGCUGGACGCGGCGUUGGCCGACGCCCUUCCGCGCAGCGCGAGCGACGACCAUCUUCAGCGUGCCGAUGCGCUGCCCCACGGCGGCGUCGACAUGUCGGCCGGCAUCACGACGACCGGCCCCUCGUGGCCGUACCUGAUCGGGACGCUGUCGCUGCUGGAGCAUGCGCUGACGCAGUAUGCGCUCGCGACCGCGCUUCGGCACGGCUUUACGAUCACCUCUGUGCCGGACGUGGUCAAGACCGACAUUGCGGAGCGCUGCGGCUUCCGGCCGCGCGACGAGGCGUCGGCACAGACGUACUUUGUGGAUACCCAGCGCGACGAGGCGGGCGCGGCGCUGUGCCUGGCCGGCACGGCCGAAAUUCCGCUCGCGGCGUACGUCGCGAAUCACACGUACGACGCGACGAGCCACGGCGCGGGCGGCGACGUACGCGCGCUACCGCUCCCUGUCAAGCUCGCGGCGCUCGGCCAUGCAUUCCGCGCCGAGGCCGGCGCACGCGGCACCGAUACGCGGGGCUUGUACCGCAUCCACCAGUUCUCCAAGGUCGAGAUGUUUGUCGUGACCGACGCCGCGUCGAGCGACGCGACGCUCGAGUCGCUCCGCGGCGUCCAGGAAGAGAUUGCGCAAGGUCUCGGCUUGUUGUACCGCGUGCUCGACAUGUCGUCGGAAGAGCUAGGGGCGAGCGCCUACCGCAAGUACGACGUCGAGGCGUGGAUGCCGGGCCGCGGCUCGUGGGGCGAAAUCUGCUCGGCGUCCAACUGCACCGACUACCAAGCGCGGCGCCUCGCGAUCAAGUAUCGUCCCGCCGCCAAGGACGGCGAGAAGGCCAAGCUGCAGUACGCGCAUACGCUCAAUGCGACAGCCGCGGCCAUCCCCCGCUUGAUUGUGGCGCUACUCGAGACGUAUGGCGGGGGGAAGCAGCUCGUGCUGCCGACGUCGCUGCAGCGCUUCUGGCUCGGAGGCGACGGCGACGAGCGUGUGCGGUGGGUGAGUCCCAAGGCCACCAACCCAGCCGGACGCCCGUCGCACGCCCGCGGGCUUCACACGAUGCGGGCCGUGCGCCCGGUUGAGGGAGUGCGCCCAGCAGAGAGCGUGCGCGCCCCCGGCCCAUUGUCGAUGCCCACGCGGCGUCUGCAUGCCUCGGCACGCACCUCCAAAUCCUUCCAAGAGUACAAGGACGAGCUGCGUGCGCGUGCCGCGCGCCACGGCACGGAUCCCACGACAAUCGUCGUGGCAUUUGCGCUCCUGCACGAGCUCACGGCCAUCCUCCCCCUCUUCCUCCUGGCCCCCCUCUUUGCGGCGCUCGGCGUGAGCGAGUCGAUCCUCGACUUUCUCGAGUCGUUCCGCACGUCGCUCGUAUCAGAAGAGACACAGAGCGCGCUGCAUGCAAAGCUGCACGAGUGGAUCGUGCGGGGCACCAAGGUCGCCACCAAGCUGUGCUCGCGCUGCGACGAGUACCUCGCGACGCCGUCCGAGGCUCCCAACUCGCCAGUCGCGCUGUGGCUUGCGAGUCUCACUUCUGCCUACGUCGUCGUAAAGCUGCUCAUGCCCGUGCGCCUCGCGGCGUGCGUCGCGCUGGCGCCGUGGACCGCGCGCCGCGCGCUCGGACCGCUGAAGCGGCUCGUGCGCCGCACCCGCUGA